AUGCCCUACCACCCUGACCCAACAUCCCACGAUUUCACGACUAAUGCCUCAAACAUCUUCAUCCGCGAUUUCAAAACCAGAGUCACGCCGAAUGAAACGCAGAGGGAUACGCUCAUUGUUGCUGGCGUUUAUAUUGUUGCUAUUGCUAUUUUGUGGCAUGUCCCGUACCUCAAGGUCGUCAUUUACCCAUUCAAAUUGUUGACCGUGGGUUUCCAUGAGAUGAGCCAUGCCUUUGCAGGCGUCUUGACAUGCGCCACAAUCCACUCCAUCGAACUCGAUCCCGAUGAAGGCGGAGCAACCCGAAUGUCCGGCGGCAUCCCCUGGAUAACCCUCCCAGCAGGCUACCUCGGCUCCUCAUUCAUCGGCGCAUGCCUCAUAGCCUGCGGCUUCAACACCAACGCAAGCAAAGUAGCCUCAAUAGUCCUUGCUGCGUUUUUCCUGUUGACGUUGUGGUGGGCUCGUCGGAAUUGGUUGACGUGGCUUUUGAUCCUUGGGAUGUCGGGUAUCAUCGUCUUAUUUUGGUUCGUUGCUGGUGGUAUCGCCCUACGUUAUCUCGUCCUCUUCAUCGGCGUAAUGAGUUGCAUGUACGUCCUCUGGGACGUAAUAGACGACACAAUAGCCCGCAAAGUAAACACUUCCGACGCUUCCGCCUUCGCCGAUAUAUGCGGUUGCUGUCCUUCGCGCGUCUGGGGCGUUAUUUGGCUCGUACAGGCGUUCGUGUUCUUUGGGCUGGGGGUUAUCGUUGGCUUGGUUGCGUUUAAGCAAAAUAAAGAACAGCAACAAGCUGACUCGUCGCGUUUCCUCCCCAUUCCUGGUGCUUCGUCCGGUGGACUCGCGCUACUCCCCGAAUGGGGCACGGCCGCGUUCUUUUCGAUAGUCGGGGUUUUGGUGCUCUUUGUAUGA